AUGGUGGUCCUACGACAAACUGGCGUUUGGAAGUCAUCGGGAGAUGUGAAGCCAUACUCUACGGGUCCGCCCGCGGGUCCAGAAACCGACCCCCCCAAGACACAGCACCGGCCCGAGCGCAGUGAUAAUGAGGAUGCCAUGCUGUUUGAUAUUGCGAUGGAGGGGACGUCCCCUAAAGCGCGGGAGCAGCGCGGGCACAGCGCGCGCCGCAAGACCUCAAAGGUGGUUGAACAAGAGCUGAAGUGGCUGAAAGAUCCUCGGGCGCUGGCUGACCGGGUCGGGAGGUUGCUGAGAUCUAGUUAUGUGGCUAUGGCGGCUGCCUUGGUGCGCGCGGCGCAAAAGGAAGACAUGGAGUGCUCCGUGGCUUGGAAUCAUCUUCUUGAGUAUAGUAUGGACAAGGGGUCACCUCGGUCCGCCUUCAAGUUCUACAAUGAAAUGAAAAAACGUGGACGGAAACCGAAUUCUAUGACCUAUACAAUUAUGUUAAGUGGACUAAGCAAAGCACCACGGAAUUCCGGGCUCGAUCCUGUAAAGACUGCUUUGAGUAUAUAUAGGUCUAUCUUUGCCGAAAAUUCGAAAGUCGAGCCCAGCAUCAUCCAUAGCAAUGCUAUGCUUGCGGUCUGUGCUCGUCAGGGUGAUAUGGAUACCCUAUGGCAAAUCGCUGGCGAGCUUCCCGAAGAAGGGCCGGGCUCCCCGGACCCGUUUACAUACACUACCAUCCUGCGAGGUAUCACGGACGCGACGCACAGGGACGUGAAAGACAUGUCGCCUAAGGACGUCGAACAGAUCAUGGCUGCGAAAGCCCAAGGGAUCACGGAGGGAAAGCGGGUAUGGACUGAUGUUGUUUACCGGUGGAAGAAGGGACAGCAUGUUAUCGAUAAUUAUCUGGUGAGCACCAUGGGCAGGUUCCUUCUGGACGGUCCUAGUUACCACGAUUGCUACGAUGUGCUUGCAUUAUUUAACCAGACCGCUGGUAUCCCUAUCUUGGCAACGGAGCCUCUAAAGGGUUCUUACAACUUAAAACCUGCUACGUCAUCGGGAGGUUCACGGGGGGGCUUGAACCAGGCAAACAAAGAGCUGGAAGACGUCCCUUUUGUGGACGAAGGUGAAAGACUAUACAGGCCACCCAAAGUCGACUCCGAAACACUGGGAGAGCAGGAGGAAGGGAAAAAUUUCGACAAUCUCUUUGAUCCUGUUGUCCCCGACGAAUCUCCAUCGGGUACGACGGUCCCGUCGUAUAUUUCGGUGGGCAACAGGGAGCUAUCCAUCAUCUUGGAAGCUUGCUUAACCAUGCCUCAGGCAUUGGGUUCUGGAAAGGCGUAUUGGCAUCACCUCACGCAAGAGAAUCAUAGAUACAAGGUGGAACCAGACGCAGCCUCAUUCCAUCAGUACCUGCGGCUACUGCGAGCCGGCCGCUCGAGUCGCGCUACUGUUGAGGUCAUGCAGAAUCAGAUUGUGCCUUCCCGCCUGGCCGAUGGAAAGGCGUUCCACAUCGCGUUCAGCUGCUGUCGCCGGGACCGAAGGAACAUCAAUAUUCUGAAGAAUGCCAAUGAACUUCUUAGGCUCAUGGACAAGUCUUGUGUGCUCCCGGAUCCUCGGGCGUUGGAUAGCUAUCUUGUUCUGAUCAAUGUCUUGAAGGAGAAUCCUCAGCUCCUAGUGUCUAUGAAUGGUCUCAACGGGAACCAGGGAGGCUCAUCCAAAAAUUUGGCGGUAAUCGGUCGCGAGUUGCAAGUGAACUUGCAUACCAAUGCGAUCGAACACCUGCGGCCCCAUAUUGCUAAACUUGAGAAAGCCCUGGAACAUAGCUCAAGUCUCCGUGCAGCAAAUAAGAAAAAUCGAGACGCGGUCCCGGGAACUGUUGCUGUGAAGAUCAUGCUCCGGACAAGAGCCCUGGUGGACGAGGCUUUGAAACCUGAGAAUGCCAAGCUACUGUCCAAGCCGCUCAGUCAGGAAUAUGAAAAUUUAUCGCAGGAGCUGAGGAAAUACUCCAAGAGCGAGAUGGCUCAGAAGUACAACGGCAAGCUCGUGGCUCCAACCCCCGAGCAGUUGCUCGCAUUUAGCGACCAGCAAGACGGCGAGGCUCCAUCAAAGGCUAGCAGAGCUUGA